AUGAAAUCGAAAGAGACGGACUUUGGUCCCAGUAGAGAUAUAAUAAGUGAUCUACCAGAAGCUCUGAUUUGCCACAUUUUGUCAUUCCUUCCCAUUGAAGACUCUGCUUUGACUUCAGUUCUCUCCAAAAAGUGGCGUUAUCUCUUUGCUUUCAGACAAAAUCUUGAUUUCGAUGACUCCGUAUAUCUAAAACAUGGGUUCUCUCUUAUGUUUGGACAUGGCGUUGUUCGUUCGGAAUCUGUCAUUGAAUGGAUAUUAAACGUGCUGCGACGUGGGGUUAACGAUCUUGAUUUACGCGUUAGUCUGCAUGAGGGCCGUCUGCCUUCAAAGAUCUUCGAGAGCAAGUCACUGGUUAGACUGAGUAUAGAAUCUGGAAAUGUUUACGGCAUUGAUUUGGAACAUGUUUCUCUUCCGAAGCUUAAGACUCUCUACCUUACUAGAGUUUUGUUAGGAAACACUGAAGAUUGUUUUCACAAGCUUACAUCUGGUUGUCAUGUCCUCGAGGAAUUAGUUCUCAUUAGAGUUUACUCCGAUUUGUGGAACCGCUCUCUGUCUUCCAAUUCACUCAAGAGACUAACGCUACAUCCUUGUGGUGAAGAAUAUGACCAUAAUCCAGAUACUGUUUCGUUUGAUACACCACAUCUUGUUUAUUUUGACUACUCUGAUCAUAUUGCACGCAAGUAUCCAAAAGUGGACUUUGGUUCCCUUGUUGAAGCUACCAUCGAUCUUGGAAUGACACGUCAUCAGCAUGCACAUGCAAACUAUGAAAAUUUGGUCGGCAAUGCAUCAGAUUUUCUUAAGGGAAUCUGCAAUGUUCAGAUCCUUUACUUAUCUGCCAGCACUCUUGCGGUUCUUACUUUCUGCUGUAAACCAGUGCCGGUAUUCAGCAACUUGAUUCAUUUAACUGUGGAGACCCAUAAUAAUGUAGGAUGAGAAUCACUGCCAACUCUACUCAAGAACUGCCCCAAUCUAGAAACUCUUGUAUUCGACCGACUCCACCACAAAUAUACAAUCAAAUGCGGGGAUGUUGACGGGUGCCUAUGCAAAUUUUCAGGGGAGGUUCCUACUUGCUUAUCUUCAAGUCCAGUGAAGGCUUUAAAGGUACUGAGAUAUGGUGAAUUUGGUAUAGAGAAUCAGAUAGAGCUGAUCAAGCACUUCCUAGAGACAAUGCCACGUCUUGAACAACUGACAGUACAUUACGAUACAUCGAUAGAUGAUGAUCUGAUGAAAGUUUUAAGCCAACUUAACAACUUUGCAAGAGAAGCUUCACCAAACUGCGAGAUCCAUGUAAUCUCUGAUCACCUCGUCAACUAA